AUGUUCUUGUUUGGGAGCAGCGGCUCGUCGGGGCAAAGCGAAGCUGGCGUUGCCGAGGACUUGCAGCAGGAGAUCCUGGACAGAGAUGAAGAGAUUGCUGAGCUGAAGGCCAAGAUCGAAGCGUAUCGUGAUGCCCUGGAGAAAGAACCUCACUUCGAGCACUUUGAGAUGGCCAUGGAAGAGAAGAACAAGGUGCUGGAGGAGCAGUUUCUGAAAGUUCAGGAGCUCACGAAGGAGAACCAGUCCCUCUUGGAAAGAUUGCAGAAUGCUGGGCCAGCGGGCGCCCACGAGGGCCCAGAAAGUGGAAGCCCUGAGAUGGAGGAGCAGCGACAGGAUCAAAAGACGAAUGGCAACCGCCCAUUGGAGGACGAGCUGUCUAGAGUGAAGGCAGAGCUGGAAUCGGUGAAGGCAGAGCUUGAAUCAAGACCGCUACCGCACACGCAGCCAUCUGGCGACAUUCAGGAGGAUGGCCGCCUCGGGGAAGCCCAGGAACGCCUCAGGUCUCUGGAGGAGCAGCUGCUGGCAGCGGAGGUGGCCAAGCGGCAGUCAGACGAAGCGCGCGCGGCGAGUAUGACACAGCUGGCAGCGCUGGAGUCGGAGGUGCCGGAGUUGCGUGGCAAACUAGCUGAGCUGGAGGCCAUGCGAGCUUCCGCCCUCGAAGCAAAAGAAGAAGUUGAGCAGCUCCAGCUCGAGAAAGAGAUGCUUCGGGAGGAAUCUGCGGAGGUGCCGGCACUCAAGGCACAGAUCGCAGAUGUGGAGGCACAGCAAGCCGCCUUUCAAGAUGCCGCCGCAGCAUCUGCAGAGCUUCACCUGAAGCUGGAGAGGCUGCAGGAUGAAGCUGGGCAGGUACACGAGCUGAGGAGCAGGCUUGCAGAGCUCGAGGCGGAGCGCGAGUCCUCUCUCAAAGCACAAGCGGCGGCGGAGCAACUCCAGCAGGAAGUUCAGCGGCUGCAAGCGGAAGCGGCGGAGGCGCAGGCACAAUGGGCAACUGCCGCCCAAGAUGCUGCUGGUUCUGCGGAGCUGCAGCAGGAGGUGAACCGAUUGAAGUCCGAGAGCGCGCAGGUGCCGGAACUGCAAGCAGCUGCCGAGAAGCUGCAGCUGGAAGUCGAGAGACUCACAGCUGAGGCAGCGGAGGCGUCUGCAUUGAAGGUGCAGAUCGCUGAUGUGGAGGCUCAGCGGGCGGCAGCCUUGCAAGAGGCUGCUGGCGUGGCCGAGCUUCGGCAGCAGGUGGACCGGCUUCGGUCCGAAGCUUCGGAGGUGGACGAGUUGCGUGCCAGGCUUGCGCAGCUGGAGGCUCCUGCAUCUGUGGCAGCCGUCGCAGCGCCUGCUGUCAGCGGAGGUGCAGACGGCUGGGACGAUUUUGAUUUUGACACGGACACGGUGGACCCUACCACUGCUGCAGUGAAGGCCGAUGCUGGCCUUGGUGCAGAAGCAGAGGACGAAGGCGGAGAUGGCUGGGCAAACGACUUGGACCUCGGUGCUGAGCUCGCUUUGGGAGCACCUCAUCUCCAAGCAGAGCCUGCUGUCUCCCAGCCGGAAGCUGCUGUGGCAUCUGCGGAACUGGAGAAGCUCAAGUUCGAAGCAGCGCAGGUGCAUGAGAUGCGGAGCAGGCUUGCAGAGCUCGAGGUGGAGCGCGAGUCCACUCUCAAAGCGCAAGCGGCGGCAGAGCAACUUCAGCAGGAAGUUCAGCGACUGCAAGCGGAAGCGGCAGAGGCACAGGCAAAGCUGGCCGACAGCGAGGCGCAACGCGCAGCUGCCGUUCAAGAUGCCGCUGGUUCUGCGGAGCUGCAGCAGGAGGUGAACCGAUUGAAGUCCGAGAGCGCGCAGGUGCCGGACCUGCAAGCAACCGCCGAGAAGCUGCAGCUGGAAGUCGAGAGACUCACAGCUGAGGCAGCGGAGGUGGAGCGCGAGUCCACUCUCAAAGCGCAAGCGGCGGCAGAGCAACUUCAGCAGGAAGUUCAGCGACUGCAAGCGGAAGCGGCAGAGGCACAGGCAAAGCUGGCCGACAGCGAGGCGCAACGCGCAGCUGCCGUUCAAGAUGCCGCUGGUUCUGCGGAGCUGCAGCAGGAGGUGAACCGAUUGAAGUCCGAGAGCGCGCAGGUGCCGGACCUGCAAGCAACCGCCGAGAAGCUGCAGCUGGAAGUCGAGAGACUCACAGCUGAGGCAGCGGAGGUGUCUGCAUUGAAGAUGCAGAUCGCCGAUGUGGAGGCUCAGCGGGCGGCAGCCUUGCAAGAGGCUGCUGGCGUGGCCGAGCUUCGGCAGCAGGUGGACCGGCUUCGGUCCGAAGCUUCGGAGGCCGACGCGCCGAUGGGAAUCCGACGGGAGCGUGGGCCGUCCAUGCGAUUUUCGCGGCAGGUGGACGACUUUCGUGCCAGGCUGGCGCAGCUCGAGGCAGCGCGGCCCCUGCAGCUGCGGCGGUUGCUGCAUCCGUGGCAGCGCCCGCUCUCGGUGGAGGUGGAGACGGUUGGGAAGAUUUCGAUCUUGACAUGGAAACGACCGCUCCUGCCACGACAGCAACUUGGCCAUAAUUGGGCGAGUAGUGGCAUUGGUUCCGGUGAUUGGUCCAUUGUCGCAUGCAGUUGGUCGGGGUCGUUCUUGCCGCAUAGUCUCGGCGAGCUUCGCUCGGAAGUGUACCAGUGUAUCUGUAAUCCAACAGACAUUCUCAACGGCGGUCGGGGGGUUUCGGCCUGGCACGAGCACAGUUCAGUUUCACAGCACACCUUGGCAGACAACACCUCUCACAUGUCGAGUUUCGAAUGUUGGGGAGCUCUGGAGUGGACGGCAAAGGCAGUGAAAGCCGAUGCUGGCCAUGGUGCAGAGGCAGAUGGCGAAGGUGGGGAUGGCUGGGCAGACGACUUGGACCUCGGAGCCGAGCUGACAAUGGGAGACACAGGCGGUCCACAGGUUUUCGACAUGGCCAUGGACGACGACCUCGCGCAGGAGGCCACAACGCACGGUGAUGAGAAGACCGCAGUGGACACGCUGCAGGCUCGAAUUACGGAGCUGGAGGGCCAGCUUAUCCAAACGCAAGAUGCGGAGCGCGAGUCUGCCCUCAAGGCACAAGCAGCCGUCGAGCAGCUUCAGCAAGAAGUGCAGCGGCUACAAGCAGAAGCUGCGGAGGCGCAACGCGCAGCUGCCGUUCAAGAUGCCGCUGGUUCUGCGGAGCUGCAGCAGGAGGUGAACCGAUUGAAGUCCGAGAGCGCGCAGGUGCCGGAACUGCAAGCAGCUGCCGAGAAGUUGCAGCUGGAAGUCCAGAGACUUACGGCUGAGGCAGCGGAGGUCCCGAUCUCAGAGCUUCACGAUUUCAAAUGUUGGUGUGAAUAUUAA